CUGGUAGUCCACGUCCAGCAGUUGCCUUCUCUAGCUUUACUAAAGCAAAUGCUCCUUGGUGGGAAGAGGAGGGUAUGGGAGAUGGAAGAGAAGGUGCUAGGAGAGAGAUCUCCACCCCUGCUUACCCUGCGGGGACACCAUGGCACAGGGAAACACCCGCCCCAUAACUCUCUCUACUUUGGCUGCACAAGGAGGGCAAAACUGUUUGGCACAGAGAUUUGGGUCUGAAUCCCGGCUCUGCCACUCCCUGGCUGCGUGACCUUGAGCAAGUUCCUCAGCCUCUCUGCCCCUCAAUUUCUCCACCUCAGAUUCCUUUGGCACGGGCCCUCAGUGGUUGUGACCACUGAGCGAGAUCGCACGUGUGAAGUUCAUGGCAGUUAGCAGGAGCUGGGUAAACAGUGUUGGCUCUUCCAGCUCUGCUUCUCCCCCUUGGCCACCCAGCCCUGUGGUGCCAUUUUACAGAUGGGGAAAUGGGGUCUGUAGAUGGCGAGGGAGCUCUGCAGCCCCUCUGCCUUCUCGUGGUUCUGGGAGCCCUCCCUGGAACCUCCUCUAUCUGCCCAAGCCUGGGACACCCCAGGGCUGCUUUGCAGGGGUGCCCCUUCCCUUAUGGCCUGGCUCUCCUCCCAGGGGCUACAGAAAGGAUGGUUAUUAAGGGACACCCUACUCUCAGCAAACCCAAGUGCCUCUGGGAGCCUCUGAAGCAUCCUCUCUGGACAAGGCUCUCCAAAGCAGUGUCUGGGCCAUCGGUUACAAUUGUCCCUGCAGCACCCACUUCAUAUUCCAUAGGGGCUUCCUCGAGGACCAGGCUGCUGGAUAUGCCUUCCUAGCAGCCCCAGGUUACAAAAACAAGACUGAGGCUCAGAUGGAUUGUGUGAUUUGCCUGAAGUCCAGCUGAUUCCACAGCUCUUAAAUGGAGAGUCAGGUGUCCGUCAGUGAGGGGCAGGGCAGGCUUUCAAGGGCUUGGCCCAUCAAAAGUGGACUCCCGGGUGGAAUGGGAUGCAGGGGAUAGAAGACCCCCUGUAGCCGUGGGUCUUAAAAUGAGUGCCGGGGAGCCCUGAGGGUGAGAGCCAGGAGUGAGGGGGCCUCCAGGGUGCCCAGGGGUGGGGUGAUGCCGAGCAGAGGUUCUCAGCCUGCAGCUGAGGCAUUUCAGAAGCUCCUGGAGGUACCUCUUUAAAUGCAGGUCGCAGGGACCCUCUCCCUCUGCAGCAGCCUCAGGUUCAAGCCCUACAUCGCCAAGUAUUAAACACCUCUGGACUCGAGGUCUUCCUCUGUAAAGAGCAAGAGUGAUCUCUACCUCACAAGGUUGUUUCGAGUACUGAUUACAUAAUAAAAAAUAGGACUCAGUAAUACUGGAGUCUAUAAAGUGCCCCUUAUGCCAGGUGCUCCGUAAAAGGGGAUUUCUUUUACUCAUUCAUUCAACAAAUGAAUGGCCCUCUGUGAGGCCCAGGUACUGUAUGGGGACUGGGGACACGGCACUGAAGCAGAAAGGCAAGGCCUGGCCCGUGGACCCACCACCCGGGCGGUCUCCUCCCUUCCCCACAACGUGAAUCUGGUCAGAGCCCGCCAGCCACUGCGUUUGGGCCUUGGGUCUCCAUUUCUCCAUCCAGAUGAGAGCCCAGUAUCACUAAAAAUAGGGCAGCAGCAAACAGAGCCUGAUCAGGAAUGCCUGGAGAUUCUGGCCUAGGACAGUUAAAAAAAAAACAAACAACACACUGCAGACUCCAACUCAUUAUUGGAUCCUGAAAUCACUUACUACAUUGCAAAUGUUUUUUUUUUUUUAAAUGAAAGACUACAACAGAAUAAGAUGAAAAUAUCAGAGUGGUACAUUUAAGCAGAAUGGGCAGCAAUGACAGCGAAUGUAAUCAUGACAAGAAGUUUUAAAACUACAGAUCCUGAAACCCAGAAAGGCAGGCACCCACUACCCCCACUCCUGUAACAGAGAAAAAAAAUUCCCACUUUGUAAUUGCAUCUGGUCAUCGGGAAGCUCCAGUUUUGCGGGCAGAGGGCUGCAUCCAACCCUUCCUAAAUCAUCACCCAGAGGCGCCCACUGACUGACAGGGACGCAGAGGAUGCAGGGGAGUAAGAAGUGCACGGACGGCUUCAGCGACUCCUCGAGCAUUGGCAGCGUGCUGGACGAUGCAGACAGGGAGGUGAGCAGCCUCACAGACCGGGCGUUCCGGAGCCUGUGCAUCUCAGAGGACGCAUCCUUCCAUGACUCCGACCUGGCCCUGUCCCCGGAUAUCACUCGCCAAGUGUUCGGGAAUUUUCACCAGAGAACGGUGAGCCAUACCCAUCGGAAAAGCGGCAUUUGGAGCCAGUUACCAUCCCAAGGCACGGAGCAUGCCGGCUGGGCGGCCACGUUCCAACAGCUGCCCAAGUACGUUCAAGGGGAGGAGAAGUAUCCCAAGAGCAGCCCCCCACUGACACCAGCCCAGAGGAGACUGGAGGUGCCCGUUUCUGGCCUGAGGAGCAGCAACAAGCCUGUUUCCAAAGUGUCGUCACUGAUUAAAUCUUUCGACAGGACUGAAAGCCAACGUUGUGACAGCAGGCCUCCUACCAGCAAGCCUCCAGCUCUCAAAAAUCCCCCCAAAUUUGCUCCUCUUCCAGAAAGCGGUGUCAACUUCUGCUUCGAUUCUGCCGUUUUGACGGUCAGGAGGGUGCCUGCUGAAGUCUCCAGCGCCCAUAAGACUAGCCACCAGCCCGGCAGGAAGCACGGACAGCAGGAGUCCCCCAAGAAUCCUGAAAUGGCCCGUCACGGCCCCAACAGCUUCCUCCCAACGCCCGAAAACGCAGCCAACUCAUUUGAGUCAAAGUUCCCCUCUCCGGCCCACAGGGCAGCCACCAGCGAGACUGGAAGGGGCCAGGAGUGGGCUCGCAAAGGGACCUUUCUUCACAGUGAAAACAGUGCUUUUGAGUCAUGGAACGCCCACCAACCCAGGCUGCCUGAGAGGAAGGACGCUGCUGACACUGUCACAGAAAGCAAGGCGCCCAAGCGUUAUGAGGACACGCCCUUGUUAAGAGAGCCCCCGGCCUCUGAGCACAAAACCUCCCCCUGCCACCUCCGGGCCGGCUGCGGUCAGGAAGAGAACAGGCUGGCCGCAGGGACUCACUCCGCAUCUGGAACCUGGGAUUCUAGGGAUCUGGGAGCCCAGGGAUUUGCUACGGAGGGAAAAGCUUCCAGCUCACAGCCUGAGCCUCCAUCGAAACCGACCCAUGUCCCCUGGAGGAAACCAAAGGCUGGGAAGGGAGGUAAAGAAAGUCUGCAAGAUGCUUCAGAAGAGAAGAAGCAGACCAGCUGGAGAGGCCCAGCCUUGCAUACAAAGCACAAUCCCCAGGGGCAGUUUCCAGAAAAGGAUGCCCUCGACACGCCUGUGGACCCCCACGAGCAUUACGAUCCUCCUUUCAACAUCAGUAAGCUUCUGACCCCUGUCAUACCCAACAAGCACGUGCUGGAGUCCUCCAACAGCCAGCCAGCAGAGGUAACCCCAUCACCCACAGGACAGCUAAACGGAUACCAAGAGAAGGAGCCCGGUGAAUGUCAGUCCUGGGACAGUUACAAAUCCAAAGCCCCCAGCCUGCUGUUCAACCUCAAAGAUGUGCGGAAGUGUGUGAAGAGCACGUACAGUCCCUCACCUCUCUUGAAAGGCCCUGAUGAGAAAACCAGAGGCAAGCAAGAAUCCCUGAGCAACGGCGGCCUCCUUCCCAACGGGCUCGAGGAAGGCCCUCCAGAUGAGCUUUCUAAGGAGACACCAGCUGAUGCCCCUUCUGUGUCACUCACCAGUACGCAGAAGGACCCCAGAGCUGACCCCGGUGCAGCCUCUGCAGACAACUACCUAACUCUCACCUCGCCAUCACCUAACACCAAAGCGCCCUUCUGUGUCAAUGGCGAGGCCGGCGACAGGAACAGCUAUGAGAAGGACGAUGCCAGUGGAGAAUCGGAGAUGGGAGGUGCCAGGCCCAGCUGGCGUCCAGACUCCAGGGAACACUGCCCCAGGAAACAUCUGUCUCUGAAGCUUUGCAGUGGAGACCCUGAGGCAGGGAAGGCUGCGGAGACCCCAAAGACCUCCGGCCUAGAGAAUGGAUUCUUGAGAUCCGUCUCUCAAGAUACAGAACCCGAGAGAGAGGCAAGGCUUCAGAAUCCAAACUUCAACCAGAAAUUCUCCCCAGGGCCCCUUUCUCCCGAGGAGGAAGAUGUGUUUUACAGUGACAGCCAGUCUGAUUUUAUGCCAGGCCUCAAAAGUAAGAGCAAAUUCAGCACCAGCUCUUCAGAUCAGUCCUUUGCCUCGUUCGAGGACCAGCAGAAGACGUGGUUUGCCGAGAGCCAGCAGGAAGAAAGGAGGAAUGACGUGAGUGUAGGCGACAGUCAGAAGGAUGAGAAGGAGAAAGUGAUGGAGGAAGAUGAACUACAAUACCGCACCUUGAGUAAUGGGCACGCAUGCAUGGAGGAGCACAGCAAGUGGGAAUCCUUGCAAGGAGAAGAGGAAAGUUUGCCAGAAGGUAGCCCUGGGAAGGCGUUGAGGGAGGAAGCUAAUUUCAGAGGCACUGGCAUUGGGGGAAGUAAGGAUACAGCUCUUUCACAUGCCAAAGACCUAACCCCUUCACCAUGUUCCACUUCAAACAAGCACAUACUCUUUGCAAUUAAAGACAACACCCUCAGGGCCACCCCCGUGAUAAAACCCAUCAUGCUGCCCCUCCUGAGAUCCAUGUCCUCAGAUUCCCUGCUGGGCACUGGCCACAAAGAGGAGGAACUGCCAAGGCCGGGCUGGGGCAGGGAUGCUGGUCUUUGUGCCCGCGACAGCCGGGAAAUGCCCAGCACUCUGCCACCCACCAGCGUGCAAGGCACACACUUGAAGGGGGCGGCCUGUGAGGAUAUGGAGGACCGCGGGUGGGGUCCCAGUGCAGCCAGGUCAGAGACGUCCCAGGCAGCCCCAAAGGGGUAUGUCCCAUUUCCUCCACUCACGGGAGAGGGCCAAGGGUUGAAGCCACCCCAAGAGGCCGUACAUAAAGUCGUGGUCAGCAAUGGCAAGAGCAGUUCCAUAGACCAGGGGAAGCUGGGUGCUCCAAGGUGCGUCCCCACGAUUGCUUUGCCAGAAGGCGACCUGGAAGACCAGCCACCCCUACAGAAGCUUGGAACCCGUUGGGAAGAGCAGGCACAAGGCUUCCAAAGUCACUUUUUGUCUACACCCAGAGCACAGCCCCCGGGGAGAAGACUGGUCCACGGUGAGCUAGCAGCUUCCCCCAGCGCCAGCUCCCUGGAAGAGAACAGUGCAUGCUCCCCUGCCACCAGCAGCAUUUACGAUGAUGCUUACCAGGCCCCCAGUGAGCCCAGCCUGCUGCCAGGGGAGCCUCCCCGCAGCAGCCCCUGGGCCAGCUCCCGCCCUGGCAGGGUGGCGCAGAGGGAGGACCUGACACAUGCCCUCACGUGGGAGCCCGGCUCCGACCCCCAACUGGAGUCAUCAGCAGAAGACCUCAGGACACUUUCUCCAAGAGGCUCCUUGUUGGACAUGACCACCAGCUCAGCUGGCCUCCUGGAGAAGCCAGAGCCUCCUUCUCAGCUGGAGAGGGCGGCUGGCAAGCCUCCAGCAGUACCACCCAAAACAGAGAAGGCCCUGCGGCGGGCCAAGAAGCUAGCUAGCAAGAGAAGAAAGACCGACCAGCCACAGGAAAAGCAUGGCGAACGCCGGGAGGAAAAGCUGCACCCCGAGGACUCAGAGCGCAGGCCACCUUCCCCCGGAGAGAGGCCCCCAGCCAGGUUCCCCGUGGUCCGUUCCCUGCCCCCUCCCGUGCGCCGCCACUCAGUGUCUGCCUUCUCAGAGCCGAUCCAGAGGCGGCCUGGGGGCUCCCAGUCCCUUACACCCCUGUCCCCUUACCCUGCCACCCAGAAGGUCCUCCAAGACCCCCAAUCUGGAGAGUACUUUGUCUUCGAUCUGCCGCUCCAGGUGAAAAUCAAGACUUUCUAUGACCCAGAGACGGGCAAAUACGUCAAGGUCUCUAUCCCAUCCUCUGAGGGGGGUUCCCCUGAGCCAAGCCCGCCGGAUGCCCUUGCUGCUCCCUACGUGCUGUACCCGGGCUUCCGGCCCCUGCCUGUGACAGCCUUGAUGCCCCUGCGCUGCUCCUCUCAGCUCUCUGCCCCCACCUUCCUAAGGCAGCGCCCUCACACCAACGAGGCAGCUGGCCCCAGGCCCCAGAGCGCCCAAGAUGCUGGCCUUCAGCUGGCCUCUGAGCCUCCCAGUGACCCCACCCAGCACUCUGCAGGCCAGUGCCCCGAGGGGCGCCCCCAGAGCCCAGGGGAGGAGGUGGGAGAUGCUCCAAGACUGCAUAUCAUCUCCACUAACGACCUAGAGGACUUUGCCAUGGAAGGCAUUUCUUGAGAAUCACAGCAGACUAACCCACCCCCCGAUGAACCCAGAAGAGCUUACUUCUCCCUCCCCCAGAACAGUCAAACACACAGACACACACACACACACA